UAAGGAUGUGUAAACUCGUGCACACACUCCGCGGUGAAAGUUCAGUACAGUGGAGUGUUUCUGGAUCGUUUCUGUGCUGUUGAUCUGCUGUUCAUUUCCACACACCUUCACCUGAAGAGGGAUAUGAGAGUUAAUACUAGGAGGAUUUCAGCACAGACUCCCUCUCUACAUCUCCUCCUUCUUCUUCUUCUAGUGCUGGAUGGAGUUUCCUCUUACACGGAGUUUGAGAUCUCGGUACCCGCUCAUGUGCAGAUGGGCAUGUACGGCGAGUCGGUGGUUCUGCCCUGCACGUUCCCAGUGAGCAGCUCGUGGGACGCAGGCAGCAGUGUGAUCACGUGGCAGCGCCAACUAGAAGUGGUCCACAGUUUCUUCUACGGCCGAGACCAACCGCAGUACCAGAGCCCGAGUUACGCCAACCGCACCAGCCUGUUCUACCAGGAGAUGAAGAACGGGAACGCGUCGCUCAGGCUGGACCGUACCACUCUGGAGGACGCGGGGGAGUACACCUGCUCCAUCAGCACUCAGCUGGGCAGCCAGAGGAAGAGCUUCAGCCUCAAAGUAGCAGCGUUCUACCCCGAGCCUCGUCUGCACAUCUCUAUGCUGAACGACGGCCAUGUGGAGGUUGUGGUGACCUCGGAAGGCGGGUACCCCUCCCCCUCGCUGCAGUGGCUGAUGGGAAACGAGAGCGACAUCACCAACGACACUCUCACGCAGCUGAGGCAGGACGAACACACACGUCUGUACAGCGUGAACAGUAAACUGAACCUGAGCGGCACCGUCAACUCCUCCAUCACCUUCAUCAUGAAGAACCCCGAUCUGGGCCAGGAGAUCAGGAGGAACAUCGAACUCUUCUCAGAAAAUGGAAGAAUUGACCAGAGCGAACGGCGAGCAGUGAUCAUUGCACUUUCCGUUCUUGGAGUUGUGUUAUUAAUUGUGAUCAUUUCAGUAAUUAUUCUCCUUCGACAGUGGAAGAUGAAAAAGCAUAACCCCCUAAAUACGUCAGAGAGGACUAUAGAGUCAUCAGAAGCUCCGACCCCUCAGACAGAAACGCAGAGAUCUUCAGAUGAAGCUGAGAGCGUUACAGAAACUCUGAUAAAGGAACAUUCCAGAAGAGAUGAUUGUAGGCACGCUGUGUGUGUGUGUGUGUGUGUGUGUGUGCGCGCGCGCGCGUUUUUGUUUCCACUGGCGCGUGUUUUUGUUUCCACUGGGGCGUGCUCAGACGGCAGACGGAGUUUCAGUACAGUGGUUGUCGGUGAAGGACGCGCGUGCCCCGGGAUGAGCGUUAACGUUAAGUUUUCAGCGUUAGCUUCCUUCCUAACUCUCCUCCUCUUCCUCACUGCAGUGUCCUGUCACACGGAGUUUGAGAUCUCGGUACCCGCUCGUGUGCAGAUGGGCAUGUACGGCGAGUCGGUGGUUCUGCCCUGCACGUUCCCAGUGAGCAGCUCGUGGGACGCAGGCAGCAGUGUGAUCACGUGGCAGCGCCAACUAGAAGUGGUCCACAGUUUCUUCCACGGCCGAGACCAACCGCAGUACCAGAGCCCGAGUUACGCCAACCGCACCAGCCUGUUCUACCAGGAGAUGAAGAACGGGAACGCGUCGCUCAGGCUGGACCGUACCACUCUGGAGGACGCGGGGGAGUACACCUGCUCCAUCAGCACUCAGCUGGGCAGCCAGAGGAAGAGCUUCGGCCUCAAAGUAGCAGCGUUCUACCCCGAGCCUCGUCUGCACAUCUCUAUGCUGAACGACGGCCAUGUGGAGGUUCUGGUGACCUCGGAAGGCGGGUACCCCUCCCCCUCGCUGCAGUGGCUGAUGGGAAACAAGAGCGACAUCACCAACGACACUCUCACGCAGCUGAGGCAGGACGAACACACACGUCUGUACAGCGUGAACAGUAAACUGAACCUGAGCGGCACCGUCAACUCCUCCAUCACCUUCAUCAUGAAGAACCCCGAUCUGGGCCAGGAGAUCAGGAGGAACAUCGAACUCUUCUCAGAUAAUGGAGGGUUUGAUAAAGCUGUACAGCGAGCAGUGAUCGUUGGACCCUGUGUUGUUGGAGUUGUGAUUGUAGCCGCGAUCAUUUCGGUGUUGGUUUUUGAUAAACGACGCUGGUUAAAAAAGAAUAAAUCACAGAAUACUUCAGAUGUGAGGAGUUUAGAGUCAUCAGCAGCUUUGAGUGCAUCAGACCGGAACUUGUGAAUCUUCACCAGAUGAUGCAGAGAGUGUUACAGAAACUUCCCCAGACCCAGUGGAACAUUAAGACGGUCUUCAGACCAUUAGUUACUCACUGUGUGGGCCUCCCCCUAACUCAUCAAUCGUUACCUGGUAGACUGGAGAAGAGCAGUGUCCAGCGCCACUGUCUGGCAGUUUGAUGUAACAACAAUAAAUCAUGAUGAAUUUAUGAAUACACUCAAAAACCCUCAAAAGAAGAUUCAUAGCUAAUUAAUAAUAUUGUGACUUUUUUUCACAUGGGAGGAGACGGGUCUUAAAUCAGAGGCAUCGCUUUUCUCCAGGAGUGAAACCUUUAUGGAUAAAAUUACGAAUGAAGUUCAAAUUAGCUAUAAUCACCUGUGUCCGACCAAACCACCCAGCUACGCCAUGAAUCACAACUUCAUACACACUUUCAGAAGACAAAAAACAUUUAAGUGAAUUUUUGUAAAUAAAUACAUUUCCAAUCAAAAUGUGGGGAAAAGGCACAAAAACAGAAAAAUGCGUGUGUUUUCUCUCUGGAAAAAACAGAUCUGUGGGUUUGCUCCGGGUCGUUGUCAUGCAAAAUGUAGAAUUUCCAGGAAAUCUGACAGUAUAGAUACAACGGGUGACUGACAAGCCAAAAACUUGAACAAAUUCACUGUACACUUAGAGCAGAGGUUCUCACCCUUUUGCAACUAAAGCUCCCCCAAGCCUCCCCUAUCAUGUGACAUGCCCCACCCCCCAUAGUGGAGGAGACCAGGCAUAAUGAUGAUCUGUUAUAUUAUAUUUUAUAUAUAUAUAUA